UUAUACAAAAUUAGGUACAGUUCUUCAGUUAUGGACAUUAAUUUCUACUUAUUACUUUUAGGGCCUAUUGUGUAUUCAGUGUGUGUAGUGUAGUCAGUAGUGUCGUAUAGGCACUGUAAAUUAGUGUGUAGGCUUUGCUUUUUAUUUAACGGGACUACACAAUCUAGAACUUAGUUGGCUUAUUACAGUAAAAAUCUAAUUUAAUACUUUCGGGCGUAGAAUUAGUAUAAUAAAUUUAGAUAAAAGUAUUUUAAGUUAGGCCCUACAAACAUUUGAAAGAAAAAAACUCACGAAUACCCAACAAGGGAACUAACUGGAAAUAUUCGCCAAAAUUUUGACCAAUCAAAUAAAAACAUUCUCUUUGUCUCGGUACGAAUAUUUAUCGUUUUUAUUAUUCACUUACACUUCCUGCUUAUUGAGUCAGAGUCACCAUAGAGUGAUAAACAUUCAGAAAACCUAAAAAUCGAAAUCUCUAGGCAUUUAAACUUUUCCUUAGAAAUUAUUCUAGCAAUAUUUUUAAAAUGAGUUUUAUCAAGAAUCUAUUAGCUGGUGGUAAAAAGGAUAAAACUCCAACUCCACAAGAAGGUAUACAAAGACUUCGAGAAGUGGAAGAAAUGUUAAUGAAAAAAUCUGAUUUUUUGGAGAAAAAAAUAGAAGCUGAGAUUGCUAUUGCUAGAAAAAAUGGAACCAAAAAUAAAAGAGUUGCACUUCAAGCUUUGAAACGCAAGAAGCGCUAUGAGAAACAGCUGCAGCAGAUAGAUGGAACACUGUCAACUAUAGAGUUCCAGCGUGAAGCUCUGGAGAAUGCCAGCACAAACACAGAAGUCCUCAACGUCAUGGGUGUGGCAGCUAAGGCACUCAAGGGUGCUCACAACAAUCUGGAUGUCGACAAGGUGCAUGAUUUGAUGGAUGAUGUUGCAGAACAACAAGACGUUGCUAAUGAAAUUUCUGAAGCUAUCUCACAUCCUGUAGGCUUUGGUCAAGAUCUUGAUGAUGAUGACCUGUUGGCAGAGCUGGAAGAGCUGGAGCAGGAGGAGCUGGACAGACAGCUGCUGGAGGUUGGUGGGACAGAGGACCUGCCCAGUGUCCCCACUGCUGAACCUGUUGAUCGGAGACCUGCGGCUGCAUCAUCAAAAGCCCACACCAAGGAAGCGGACGAUGAUUUGAAGGAAUUAGAAAUGUGGGCGUCAUAGAAACCAUCCCUGGACUAUUUUAUUUGAAUGGAUAUAUCAGCUGGGGGAGGAGACUUUGUGAUACUAUUUUUUCUUGUGGUUGCUCUGGUAACAAUUGUGUAGGUUUGCUCUGUUACUGUAGCCAGCAGGGGAAGUAACCCACUGGUUUGUUUACCUAUGCAUAAGUGUUUGAUGUGAGGUAUUUUAAUGGGGGUUCUGUCAUCCAGUUUUAUCUCAUGUUUUUUUAGGGUUCCCUUAGUUUAAAAAACUUUGAGAUAUUUAACGUCAGUUAUUGCUAUACAGGGAAGUGUGUUGACCAACUUGAAUAAGAUACAGAGAGAACUAAGUUUAGAACAUGCUGUCAAGUUGUUUGGUUGUAUAUAAUCAAAAAGUCUUUUGUGUCAUAAACUAGUGUUUUACUGGCAUCUGUUUUGUGUCCCAUUACUUCAUCAUGUGAGAGAGAAAACAAACAAGAAUCUGAAGGCUAUGUUAGCCGAAUCAUGACAAAACAGUUGAAUCAAGUUUUGCAUUUAGUUAAGGGUACAGGAUUUUUGUUUACAUAAAUAAUACAAUUUUUUUGUAAAUUUUCCCCCCUCAAGAUUAUUUUGUAUAGUUUUUAUUCCUACUGAUAUAAAUAAAGACAAUCUGUGUUUGAAAUAUACUUCUUACUUCACUAAAGGGAAAAUUGUUUUUUCUAAAAUAUUAUGUCAUUACAUUUAAAAUAAAGUAAAAAUACUUGACAUGAGCUUACAGAAAUUGGCCAGUGUAGAAGUAGAUUUUGUUCUGUAAGACCAGACAUGCUUAACUUAGCUUUCUGUUUUUUCUAGAGUUUGUUGUGUAAGUAAGGACCACACUUGCUUAACUUUCAGUCUCUUCUCUAUACUAGCAUACCAGUCUGUUUUGAUGACUGGUAGAGUGACCCAGCUGAAUGAAUAUUUUAUUUCCCCUGAUAACCAUAGUGCAUUAUUUCUUUAAAAGAAUAUUUGUUUUGACUAUUAUUUUUUUUGUCCAACUUCUGUCUGGUUUAUUUUUAGAUAUAGUUUUAUCAAUGUUUCUGGUCAUUAAAUUAUAACUUAUUUAUAAUUUAUCUGCUAAAGAGAACAAAAGAUAAAACUUAGAAAAUUGAACUAAAGUGCCAGUCCCUUGUAAUGUUGUGAUGAGGGUUUCUUGAUGUUAUCCAUGUAGUGUUGACUUGGCUAAGGGGCUGCAACCCUGCUCUAUUUUUACUUGUGGUGUCUUGUGUGGAUCUCAACUCAAUGUUGAUUCUUCUCUCUUUAGGGGCCGCAACUGUGUUAACCUACUAUUUAUGCUUGUAUGAAUUUCUCAACUGAGUUGCCAUCUUACCUCCCUUGUAUUCAGACUGAAAGAGUACUUGCCCCUCUAGAUGUUAAUCAGCACCUGGCAACCAGUUUUUAUAAAUUUCUUGAUGUUCUAAAUGUUGUGUGGUCGAUCAUUUAUUGCUGAUUUAAAACUGAGGCGAUACUUGCAAAUGAUGAUAAAAAUAAUUGAAUGUUUUAUGUAUCUAAAAAUAGAAUAAAGAAAUACUGAGUGCGAGUCAGUCAUGCAUGUUGUUUCAUUUGUAGUUACAGACCAAUUUAUUUCACAAUUACAUAACUUUGGUAUUGGUGGCUGUUUCUACUAUAUAUUCAUAAUGUUUAAAAUUUCUGUCUUUAUAAAAAUUGUCGGUUGAAGUGAUGUUUUAAUGUUAUUACUCUUUAGUAAUAUUUUCAUGCAGAAUUACCUACCUUAAAUGAUUCACAGAGUUAUGUCCCUUUAAAAAGGAAACAGUUACAGCUCUGGAGUGGGAGGGUCAAUAUUUCUACCUGUUGUCAGGUGUUUAUUGAGGGUCAACAAAGCAACUAUUGUAGCUGUACCAACAGACAUUGUUUUCCCCUCCCUGUUUGGUGACUCUGGGGGGAGGUGUGGCUGAGUGUUUGUCUUUUCAUGAAUGACUGUUCUGUUGUUGCCAUGAUUUUUACUUUGAUUCUACAAACAUCUACAAUAUGAAAUUAAAAGUGUACCAUAAUGUU